ACUAACCAAAGCUAUCAUUAUUUAACGAAGGCUACAUCAAAAUGUCACAGAAUAUGAAUAGCAAAUGCGUAAUAAUCACGGGAUCGAGUAACGGUAUCGGUCAGGGAGCAGCUAUAGAGUUUGCCAAAUGCGGGGCAAGCGUAUUAAUCCAUGGACGUGACGAAGAAGCGAUUCAAAAUACGGUUCAGAUGUGUAAAGAAGCGGCAGGUGACAAAGAUGCUAAGUUUCCAAGCGUUCGGGGUGAUAUUAAGGAUGAAUGCACAUUGAAGGCUAUCGUAGACGCAGCAAUGACAGAAUUUGGUAAGAUCGACGUGCUUAUAAAUAACGCAGGAGGUGGAACGGUUGGAGCGACCCUCACUGGAUUGGAAAUGGAAUCGUACGAUGAACAGAUGGCCAUGGACCUUUCGGUAAGAGCACCUAUAAGGCUAUCUCAGUUAUGCUUUCCAGAGCUUCAAAAAUCACAAGGGAACAUUUUGAACAUUUCUGCAGUAUCGGGGGUGAGACCAGCAGUACGGCUUCCAUUUUACGCUAUCGCAAAGGCAGCGUUGAAUAUGUUCACGCAAUGCGCGGCGCUAGAGAUGGGACCAAAAGGCGUGAGAAUCAACGCGCUGGCUCUCCAUGUCGUACCGACUAUGAUACACGAACGCUCGGGGAUUAUGAAACCAGACGAUGACAAGGCAGCGUUCUAUGAGCGAUGUUCAACGGUCGUUCCUCUAAAGAGACUUGCAACAGUUGACGAUUGCGCAAAGAUGAUGGCGUUCUUGACAUCAGACGCAUCUUGUAUUCUGAAUGGCGAGGUCAUUGUAAAUGAUGGUGGACGCUCAUUGACGGGUUUCUAAUAGGAUUCGAUAUUUCAAAAACAAUAAUUAUAAAACUCAAUUGUACCCGUUGGACCUUGUUUAUAAAAGAUAUUAUCCAGGACACGUAUGAACUUAUAUCUCUGUACAAGCGAGCUAGGUAGAAAUAGGCCAUCAUGUCACAUUUCUCCUUGGAAAUUAACCCUGGUAGGAAACCCAUUUCCACUACAUCAGAUCCAGAGUAAAUGGUCCUCUGAAUUGAAAUACUAUAUGUAGUUUACACAUUAAAGGUAUAACGACAGUCGAAAUGGGUUAUCUGUUUUCCAACUACUGUUACUGAAUGGAUAUAGGCGCUUUUAAUUGCUUAGACUAACUGUAUAAAAAUGUGUAUCAAAUAUUAAGAUACUGUUACAAUAACAGCUUUCGAUCUUGUAAUCCUUUUAGGUCGAAAUAUGUCUCUCAUCACAAGG